GCCUUCCCCGCGCGCGGCCUCUGUCCGCGGCGCUCCCCGCGCAAUGAGGCUUCUGCGGCGCGCGUGGCGGCACCGGACGGCGCUGGGCCUGGGCGGCCUGGCGCUGGGCGGCGCCACGCUGCUCUACCUGGCGCGCUGCGCCGCGCCCCCCGCGCCCGCCCCCGCGCCCGCCGCCCAGGCGCGCGCGGUUGUUUUCCUGGCGGUGCUGGUAGCCAGCGCGCCGCGGGCAGCCGAGCGGCGCAGCGUGGUCCGCAGUACUUGGCUGGCGGCGCGGCGCGGCGGCCCUGGGGACGUGUGGGCGCGCUUCGCCGUGGGCACCGGCGGGCUGGGCGCCGAGGAGCGGCGCGCCCUGGAGCGCGAGCAGGCACGGCACGGCGACCUGCUGCUGCUGCCCACGCUGCGCGACGCCUACGAGAACCUCACGGCCAAGGUGCUGGCCAUGCUGGCCUGGCUGGACGAGCACGUGGCCUUCGAGUUCGUGCUCAAGGCGGACGACGACUCGUUCGCGAGGCUGGACGCACUCCUGGCCGAUCUGCGCGCCCGUGACCCUGCGCGCCGCCGCCGCCUCUACUGGGGCUUCUUCUCCGGCCGGGGCCGCGUCCGACCCGGGGGCCGCUGGCGCGAGGCCGCCUGGCAGCUCUGCGAUUACUAUUUGCCCUACGCGCUGGGCGGCGGCUACGUGCUCUCGGCCGACCUGGUGCACUACCUGCGCCUCAGCCGCGAGUACCUGCGCGCCUGGCACAGCGAGGACGUGUCGAUGGGCGCCUGGCUGGCACCGGUGGACGUGCAGCGGGAGCACGACCCGCGCUUCGACACCGAGUACAAAUCCCGCGGCUGCAGCAACCAGUACCUGGUGACGCACAAGCAGAGCCUGGAGGACAUGCUGGAGAAGCACCAGACGCUGGAGCGCGACGGCCGCCUGUGCAAGCGGGAGGUGCAGCUGCGCCUGUCCUACGUCUACGACUGGUCGGCGCCGCCCUCGCAGUGCUGCCAGCGGAAGGAGGGCAUCCCCUGACCGCCGCCUGCAGCCGGCGCACGGGCCCAGGAGGGCGGGUUCACCCUUCCUGCCGAGCUUGGCGGUGCAGGGGGAGGCCCGUCCGGAGCUCGGGGUGAGGGCACCGUCCACGGGCGAAGCCGGCAGCUUCCGGCUAGUUGUUAGCACCACGAGGUCAGUCCCCAAGAGGACUUCGUUUACCUGGUGGCCGUGGGCCUUCAGGUGGAUGCUGAGCAGCAGCAGACAGCUCCUAAGCCCCGCUCCAGUCGGCGCCCAGUUCCCUUCAGGAGCCAUACAUGGCGGCCUGCGGAGGGCUUCUUGUUCCAGGGCUGGGUGGCCCAUCGUGCAGGCUGCAGCCAGCAUCACGUCCAGGCGGAAGUGUCUGGUCCCUGGAUUCAGCAUUCGCCUGGAUGGGGGCGGUGGACACCCUGCUGUGGGAGCAGCCCACAGAGACUGUCCACUCCUUGUCCCCUCCCCGGUAGGGCCGAGGAACCAGAGGGCAGAGCUGCCCCCAAGAAAAACUCCCGACUCCUUCUAGGGCACGGACCGUGUCGUCCCCUGUCCCAACCAUCCUGCUAGCACACCCGCUGUGCACCGAGAGCUGUGACCUCUGCCAGGGCCUCAGCACUCGGAGACGGGCUGUGCUGCACCGGGUGGGCACUGCUUGUCUCACACACGUCUAGGAUUUAACUUUGUUGUGUGUGCAUCAGCUUCCAUGGCAUCUGGUCUUUCGCGUUGCUGUGGAGUGAACCGGUGCCUCACGUGAGACGGCGCCUGCCUGGGAUUAAUUUAUACGUUUUGUAAAAGUUGGGAAUGGGCGGGUCCCCGUGUAUUUUCAAUUAUUUAAGAGAAGGCUUUUCUUUCAGAACUUGGAA